AUGUCGACUUUGGAAGAUUCCGAUGAAGAAACCGACUUCAAAGAGAUCAGCUCUACGAAUUACCAACGCGUGCAGGAAAAAGUGGCCAAGAUAAGCUAUGCAGAUGGCAUUGCCGAUGGAAGGGAGAAGGUCUUCCAGGACAGCUUCGACGAGGGCUUUGAAAAUGGAUUCAAAACUGGCUUUGAACUGGCCAAACUGAGUGCCUUCUAUGAAACAAUAAAAAAUGCGGUUGCCGGAAAUGUAGAACUUAAGGCAGAACAAGAGGCCUACGAAGAACUUAAGCUAGCAGAUGCCACAGAUAAAGAACACUUUAAAUAUCUAGAACAUCAGGGAGCUCCUCUUAGCGUAAUAUCCAGUAAACAAAAGACCUACAUAGACGAACUGCUGGAAAAACUGGCGCAGCAACUCCCAGCCACUACAAAUUUAUUCACUUCGACCAACGUUUCUAGUGUUAAUGUGGUUUAAUGCAUGUGUUUUUUUAGGGAAUUAUCAAAAUUAACUGAAAAUAUAUAUAUCUGUUUGCGACUUAUAA